UUUUCAACUUGAUCCACAAACAUUAAUUCAACAUCGGAAUUUUUCUUAUUGGUUAAAUCAAUUUCUUGAUCAAUUUAAUGUAUAUCCAAAUCGAAAAGAAACAAUGAAAAUAACACAUAAAAUAAUUUCAAUACAUGAUUGGAAACUUGAACGAAUGCAACCAAAACCUCAAAGAAUCAGAAAAUAG